UGUUAUUAAUUUCAUCCUUUGGAAAAAUCCACAUAAUUUUGACUCAUGACAGCAAAAAAAAUUAGUUGAAAUAAUAAAUAAAAAAAUAUAGUCCAUAUAUAUCCAAAAAAUUUAAUCAAAUCCAUAUCUAAACUAACUAGGUACCAUUGGAAACUUCCCUCCUCAGAGUCCUCACCAUUUUGUACAAGCUCAGCCUCAAAAACACACAAACAAACUCACUUCAACACACACAAAAACCAGAGUAGAGAGAGAAACCAAGAAAAUUGAUUAAAAAUGGCGAAUAUUUUGAACAUUUCAUCUCAAGCUGUGACGCCAUGGUCAAAUGCCACUUCAGUGUUCUCAUCCAAUACCAAAUUUUCUCUCUCCAAUAAAUAUUCUCACAAUUAUUCUUUUCCUCAUAUUUCUACUUCAGCUUCAGCUGUUGUUUUGGCAGGGUGUAGAUUUUCAUGGAUGGAAGAGAACUUUACCAGCCAUAGAAACAUGUAUAGCAAUGGAAGAAGACCAAGCCAUGUUCAAUUAGCCCUUCCAAGAACAUCAACUGUGUCAGUUUCCUCUGUAGAAGACCUUUUUGCCUUUAUAUGUUCCGGUCCCCUUAUAAAUAAAACAGGUCUUACUGAGCAAAAGAUUGCCGAGUCAAUCGAUAAAUGGUUAUUGUGUGCAUCUCAACUUUGUAGAGUAUUCCAACUCAAUGAACUUAAACUAGAUGAUGCUCAGAAAAUCAGGCUUUACCAUUACUAUAUACCAGUCUUCUUAUGGUGUGAAGAUCAAAUCUCCCAACAUGCAUCCAAGUUCAAAGAUGGAGAAGAAGUCCCUCCUCUAGUGAUAGGAUUUAGUGCACCACAAGGUUGUGGAAAGACAACACUCGUAUUCGCACUAUACUAUCUUUUCCAAAUUACUGGCAGGAAAACUGCUACAAUAUCCAUUGAUGAUUUCUAUUUGACAGCUGAAGAGCAGGGUAAACUAAGAGAAGCGAACUCAGGAAAUAGGCUUCUAGAGUACCGGGGAAAUGCUGGAAGCCAUGAUCUAUUGCUUUCUGUCGAAACACUUACAGCCUUGAGCAAAUCAACUGAAGAAGGUAUGAAGAUGAAAGUUCCAAGAUACAAUAAAUCUGCAUAUAAUGGGAGGGGAGACAGAGCAGAUCCUGAAACAUGGCCAGAGGUUGAAGGGCCACUAACGGCUAUUCUCUUUGAAGGCUGGAUGCUGGGUUUCAAACCCCUUCCUGAUGAAGUGGUGAAAGAUAUUGAUCCACAGCUUGAAAUAGUAAAUAAAAAUCUACGAUCUUAUUAUGAUGCAUGGGACAAGUAUAUAAAGGCAUGGGUAGUAAUCAAGAUCAAAGACCCAAGUUGUGUCUAUCAGUGGAGACUUCAGGCAGAGCAUGCCAUGAGGGCAGAUGGAAAAUCAGGGAUGUCAGACAAGGAGGUUUUGGACUUUGUUUCUCGUUACUUGCCUGCCUACAAAGCUUAUCUACCUACUCUUUACGCGGAAGGACCAAAUGGAUCAGAUCCAAAUCAUACCCUUGUUGUUGAGAUAGAUGAAGGGAGGAACCCUAUUCUCAUCGGCUGAUCUUAGAGUGUUUAUUACUAGAGGUUGGUUUUGUUCAUAUUUCAUGUAGUUCUAUUACUUUCUACUAUCUUGUAACAUUAUUGUACAUUACAUCAUCAAUUGAAAUGCAAAUUCUUUCAUUGGUCUUGAAAAACCCCUUGGGAGAUAAUGAUUGGUCAAGUUUAUAAA